AUGGCAGCUUCACGGCUCAUUCGUUUGGUUUUUCUGACUGUUAAUGUUCUGAUGGCAGUGGUACUGGUGAUAUCCAACUCGGACUUCUGUGCCAGCGUUUUUGAAACUCAAACAGGUAAAUUAACUCCUGCGGCUUUGUAAAACGGUUUUCUAAAACGUUUUCUAAGAUGCAAACAAACUACCGUUUUUUUUUUUGGUUUUUUUUUUUCAAAGUUUAGUUUUCAGUAGACUCUUUUAUUACACGUUUUAAAUGGUCAUUUUGAUAAAUCUGAGAUGACAAACUUGGGCAUUUUAAAAGAAUUAGUUUCCUCUUAUCGACUUUAUCUGAUGUUAAAAUUGCUUACAACUUUUAUCACUUUUUUUACUUCUGACGAUUCGCGCUUGUAUCAAAUCGCAAUUUUGCAAGCGAGUAUAUCUCUUUAUCGUAAAAGAUUAUAAAACUGUUCAGCUAAAAAAAUGAAUUAAUGUAUGUCCUAGCUUUAUGUUAAACUCCACUGUAUUUUGCUUAUUCCCCUGUUUUAUAUUACUUCAUGUUUCAGACCAUGUUUUAGUUGGUCAUGUCAUGAGUACAUCAACUGUUGCUGACGAGUUUGAAUGUCACCAAAAAUGUCUCAGAAAUAACAGCUGCAAGUCGUUUAAUGUUCAUCCUGGUGCAGAUAUUGCAAAACGACUUUGUGAGCUGAACAACAAAACACGGAAGAUGAAGCCGGACGAUUUCAUUAAGAAGAAAGGAUCUUCUUAUUAUGGACAAGUUAAGGUCAGAUCCACUGUUUGAACAUAAACUAUCGCUUUUUUAUAAAACUGUUAUUUAAAAAAACUCUAAACUCUAAACAACUAAUUAGGGACCUUAAGAUCAGACGACGGCGACGGCAACGAGAACGUCAUAAAAGCAAUAGGUUUUUAAAACAAGCAAGUUAUUAAAAUAAGAAAAACAACAAGAAAAAAACAACUUUCCUCGUGCAUAACACUUUUUUGUACAUUUCUUUACGUUUUGCACGACAAUGACGUUAAAAUGCCUAAUUUCAUGUUUUAUAGAGGAUGUCAUUAAAACAUUCAAGCAACGACGAGAUUUUCUCUCUCUUUCUUACCUUGGGUAAGGUUCUUAGGAAUUCAACUCCAGGAGAGUUCGUGUACAUUCGACAAAGUAAGCGUGAUGGAACAAUCGCGAUGACGAUGGAAAACCGCGAAAACAUUUUUAAGCGACGUUUUACCUGCUGUCGCCGUCCUCGCAUCUUAGGGUCCCUAUUAAAACAUUUGUUUACCACGAUCACCCUGUUCGGUUUUUUCGGAAUUUUAACAGAUAAGUAUUUAAUUUCUUAGACUUUUCGGCACAAAUUCUACGGAGUUUUGAGAUCAGCUUCUUACGAAUUGCUUCAUGUUAUGCGAAUUCAAGUGGUUAUCUUUGCAGAACUCUAAUAUCGUAAAUAGUACUUUUGGCGACAUUUUCUUUUAAAUAAUGUUUUUGGCACCGGUUUGCCUGUGUCUUAGUAACGUAUAUGUUUUUACCCACACGAAAAAUAUCGCGUAUGGCAGGGUACAAGAAGAAGGUAUAUCAAUAUAUUUAACAAUCAUCAUGAGUAUCAUCUAAAAAAUUAUGGAGAUCGAGGAGGGUGUUAUCUGCCUCGACCAAUCAGAAACAGAGAAAUAUUUUGAAUGAAUAAUAAUUAUUUAUAUUACUUCUAAAGCAAACAAAAGUGGUAAUAACUAAAGCACAUAAUGACGUCAUCUAUAGUUGUUAUCUAUUGUUUGAUGUUUCUCAUUUCAAUUCCUUAUUUCCUUCUCAGGUUUCCUGCGAAGAUCUGCCCACCAACAAGAAGAAACAAACUGGUCAUUGUCAUCCGGACUACACAGGAAAAAGAUGUGAAAUUCGUGAGUAACGCUCGUCUAUUUUUAAAUUUGAUUUUACUAUUGCCUCACGGAGGAGCAAAUAUUUACCAUAUAUAGUCUGUUUUAUUAUCUGCUGCAGCAAAGCGAGGCUGGAAUUCCAAGCUGCCUGCUUAUUCCUGUAAGAGCAUCCGGGACUCUGGUGGCUCUAAAGGAGACGGGAGGUACUGGAUCGACCCUGAGAACAGUGGAAACCCGUUGAAAGUUUACUGCGACAUGACAACUGACGGAGGUGAGAUCUGCUCCAAAAAAAUCUGAAAUCGUGAGCAAUUAUAGCUCAUUCAAACUACUUUUCCGUUUUUGGUUGAACUAUAUUCCCCGGCUUAUUCUUUAUAAACAGCUACCAUUAUCAAAUUGAAAGGCAUUUAACGUCAAUUGUACAGAUAUCGUUCUGCGCGGGACAGCAAAAGGCGCAGUAGCUCUUUUUUUUUUUAGCAAAGCUGAGGAUUCCCUUAUUUGGCCAAAACCGAAUAGGGUAUGGUUUUCAGGGUAAUACAAGUUUACCAAUUUAAGUCUUGAACAGCGUAUCUUUUCUGAGUGGAAGCGAAAGCUGGCGAUGCGCGGUCUACAUGCCGAGGUACCAACAAUAUAUUUUCAAAAAAAACUCUAAUUUCAUGAUGUUAAUAUAAAAAGCACCUCUAAAUUCCUUGUGUAAAACGAAGUGAAUCAGAGUUGUGAAAUUAGGUCUCUUGUCUUUAACAGGGUGGCAAAAUAAACAAUUUUUUGUCUUAAACAGGGUUAGGGCUUGAAGGGCUCGGCGACUCCUCCCCCACCCCACCCCCCUCCCGGAGGAUUUCAUACGUUAUGCGUGGGAGACAGCCGUUGAACUACUGUCUAAACAUAUCACCGUGGCAAUGAAUGACAACAACGUGCUAAAAUAUGCAUCCCGAUGAGGCCUUUCGAACUAUUUUGCUUCAAAGACCUUCAAUAAACUUUGCAGCGUUAUUAUUUUUUCUUAGCGGCAUCAACAGGCAGCGUAUUUUUGGACUCAAUUCGAUUGCGUGACCGAAAAUUACCUUGAAUGGUGAACAAAACAGGCUGAUCUAAAUUGUCGAAAUAGCAUAUUGCUCUUACAUUCUCUGCAUUACGUCAUAAAAGUUAUAUAGCACUACCUUAUUUUACAUCGCUUCGAGAUUCAUUCUGCCUCGGAACUUUCGCGCAUGACUUUAUUAUGGCGCCGCCUCGCAGCCUCGUGUCUGCUCGUUGGCAAUUAUUUGAAUAGCUGAAGAAACAAGUUGGGGUGCGUUUCUUUACAAAAAAUACCAAAACGGAUUAUUGAUACAAAUGAUCUACAAUGGAGGAGGAUUCUUUGUAUCAUAUCCAAAACCGCAUACUUUGGAUGCAUGAUCCGAAGCGUUUCUUUACUACGGAUCCGAAAAGAGUGAAUACAGUCGGCGGUAACUCGAAACAAUUUUAAUACAUACAGCAGCUGUUUUGCAACGUAACGCUGCUCAUCUCAACGGCCAUUUUUCAACUCGAGGCAUGAAUUAAACGAUUGACUUUAUCCCGCGUAAUUUUUAUCGGGAUAGUAAAAUCGCAAUACAAACGGGACUUGCAUUGUUCUAGUUCUAAACGGCAAGUCGAGACACUUCGCCGGAGCGACGUGCAUCAUUUUACAAUAACGUUUCACGAUGUCGAGACUGUUCAGUCAGAUCAAUCUGCUCUAUCCUGCGUAGUAGCAGGCGUCGAAAGGGGUAGGGGAUAGAGAGGAAGGGAAAAAGGAAGGGGGAUUGGGGAGAGAGGGUAAGGGACGCCUGCUAUAAGAACCCCCUUUUGUUCAUUUCUGCGGACGCUGGCGUUCGCAAAUUCCUGUUUGGCUGAGCCGUGAUGAAUAACUUAUUGGCGUGUAUCCUGGCGUAUAUUAGUGAGAGACAAACAUGAUGAAGGCAUCAAGGAAAUGUGUUCUACUGGCAUAAGCUUUGGAAGAUCAAAAUUACUCCAAUCAUGCAGCAAAUUAAAGUUAAAACCCGAACUGGAACCAACUGUAAUAGCUUUAAAAAAUAAUCCUGAAAGCCAUCACGUAAGGCCAUGAGAAUCGCUUGAGGCUUUUCAACCCACUUACGCAUCAAGCAAGGUGAAGUAGAGUAAGCUACAUUUUGAAAACGAUGCCAUCCGAAAUCGGAUUUCCGAUGAAUUUCACAAGCGGUGUAUUUGUCAACCAAAAAUCCAUUAAACAAACCAUCCACGAAUAACAGAAGAAUCUUAAUAGCGAGCUGCAUUUAAUGAAUUUUGUACAUCCAGUGGAAAAAGACAGUUAAAAGCAUCAUAAGAUGACAAAAACCCUCAGCUAUCUGCGUAAACAAGUUUCCAAAUGCUGCAAAAUAUUUCCACAUGAAUUCACCAGUCAAAUUUUGACCAAUCGAACAAAAAAAUUGGGAGUAGAGCAUGGCCAGUGCAUGACUAUGGUGAGAAAUGCGAAAAGCAUCUGCCUUCCCUGCGUUUUAGAAGCUGACUAAAUUUUCGCGUCGGAAGUCAGUUUGAAAUCAAAAUUUUAAUUGUUCAGCUCAUAAACACAACUUAUUUCCUGUGCAUUGAAAAAAAAUCGAGUUUGAAUCUGCGCAUGAUAUUUGAAAACUAGUAACUUUUCAGUGGAUAAAUUCAAAAAAAAAAACUUUUAUGGAUCAAGAAAUAAGCCCUCGAUAAGGUCAAGUGAUACUGGUCAGCGGAUACUCUGUUAUGACAGCUGUCAACUGACCACGACAUGGAUGUGCUAUAUCAGGUUGCAGGCUCCCAAACUAGCUAGGAAGUGUGAGAUUUAAUAUUGGUUUCCCUGUUCUGCAGACGGACGGAUGGACACGUGACUACUAAAUUUUCUCAGACAGAUAGAAGCGCGCACGUCGAGCUUCCCUAUUAAAACAGCCAUUCUUAUUGAUUUUACAGAAUGUAGAACAAAUAAUAAAAUACCUCUUUAUCUUCACAUUUUCUUUCAGGAGGCUGGCUUCUUAUUUCCAACAUCACGAUGGAAAGUUCAACUCCUCCCUCUCAACUGCCAAUCAAGACUUCAUACCGUGGAAUAACCAGUGAUCAGAUGGUUCUCACAAAAACCGCCAUGAAUGAGCUGAGAACACACUUGUCUUUCACCCAACUGAGAUUCCACUGCAGUAAAAACAAUGGACGUACAUUCCACGUGACCACUACUGCUAACAGCACUGGUGAAGCUGUAGUCCAGUACUUCAGUGGUCAGACGAAUGACCAGCCCGCCUCGUGUGGCUCAUACGUCAGAAUGGAAAAUGACAACUCAAGGUUAGCAGGUGUUUGCCAAAAGUGGGGAUAUGAACGCGGCCGAUAUAAGGUAUCUAAAUGGGGCCAUGGAUUUGAUAGACAGAGAUUAUACGACCACCCUGCUUUUGUUUUGUAUGCAUAUCAUUGGGCGCUUAAUGACGGUGGGAGAUGGGAAUGCGAUGAUAUGAGUGUUGGCGUGAACGCUGGUGAUUUCUGGAAAAUUUACGUUCGCUAAAAUUUGUCUCGACGUCUGUUUUUAUAUACAACUGUGUAGUCUUAUUGGCUGUAGAAGUUUCAAUUUUUUAAACCGCGAAUUUACUCAUUUACAAAAACGCACUCCUCCAAGAGGCGAGGACCAUAAAUAAAAGUUUUAGUAUUUACCAAAUCACUGAAUAGCAAUUUUCGCGCGUUUUGUUUCGCUCCCGUAACUCGGAGUAUCCUUGGCUUUUCACUUUUGCGUCCGGAGUCAAGAUGGCGUCUCGUUUCGAGACAUUAAUUUAAACGAUAAAUGAAGCAGUCGUACAAACACAUACCAAGAAAGCGACGAACUCUGGCUUGUCGGUGUUUAGUAGUAGGUACAAAAUUAUUUUCAUGCUGAAUUUGCAACAAAACCGUAAAAAUACACUUGACAAAAUCCCCGAAAUGUUUGUAUAUUGUAAACAAAGUUUCUAUUGAGUGACGUUUUUAGUUUACGAAAUUUCCUUUUUCAUUUUUAUCCAACUGAUUUGGUAAAUACUGAAACAACGAUCCCCCUCAUGGUCGGUGAACAGCGCUAGAUAUAUACCUCGAAGCUUCGCGUCUCGGUAUAUGUUUACCACUAUUCACCUCCCCUUGGGGGGAUUGUUGCCCCCGCAGGGAUUUCGCCCAGAAGGUGAAAUCCCGAGGAGGCAUUCUAGUAACUUGCGGGUAUAGUAAGGAAAGUACUUACAGUUGAAAUAUACAGUCAGACAGUCAAUAUAGAAAAAAUCUCGAUUUGCUUGAACAGGGGCAGCGAGGAAUCGGUAGGUAAUGAUGACGUUUCUAUUGUUUGCGCCCGCAAGUACGAAAUGGUUAGGAUGACGUAAAGACAGAACAUCCCCAAGGAACUGCUUAGGUAGAUUUUGUGACAUUUAUUGUGCAGUCAUACUUUAUCAGUGACAUUCUGUGGAGCAGUUGUUUUAGUGAAAGUUAUGGAGCAAAAUUUUAACGACACUCGUUAAGGGCAGAAGAAGUUAUAAGGUGCGUAUAACUGUGUAUAUAUAAGCACUUGGAGAGUUUGCCAGACACGAGUUCACAAAUCUUUCGUUUAAAAUAAGAUUAGAAUACGCGAGUGUGAAUUGAUCAAACGUCCUUUUAAUUUCUAAGGCUUCCUUUCCGGCAAACAAAAUGAACUGGAUGUAAAAAGUGAAAGAGAAAAAGCGAAAAAUUCAACUUCUAAUUAAAUCUUUUCUUAUGGUUUAGAAUAAAUUAUUCUCGAAACUGAGAAUGUUUUGAUCAAUGUGUAAAUCGACCUGAAACUGUGCAUGGAACCUUGCGUUUCCUGUAUUUAUCUCACCUAUUGUAUGGAAUAUAUGUGAAAAUCUUCCUUAUGAAUCGGUAUAUUUCAAAGAGCUACACAACGAGCAAGAAUGCUAUUGACCGACAAUAUGCAGAGCGGUGGCAGCUGUAGUGUCAACUAGUACUAGUUGUAUAAUAAAUAGGCCAUUCCAGAAUGACGUCUUCAGUGUUAGAACUUUUGUGUUUUAAACCUCGCUGGAAUUACAAAAUUUAAACAUGAAAGGAAAAACGAAAUUGCUCCUGGGGGUAAAAGUACUUGUAGUAGAAUGACGCAAUCGUGCAAAUGGUCGAUUGCAGACUUGGAUGUAAAUACCUUGAUUUAAUAUCAACCGAUUUAUAUAAUAUGAAUAAGUUAUAUCUGUUAGGAGAGAUUGUUCUUAUACUUUUUGGUUUGCAGUAAGCCUUAAGUCCGUUUUUGUUCAUUGUAUUUUUUCCAAGUAUCCGCUUUAAAUAAAGCCGCUCAUGCCAUUUAAUCAUUGUCUUACUGUUAGCUCGUCUGAACAUCAAAGUUUGCCGGAUCGACAAACAGGUUCUUCUAGUCCGCUUCAGACGGAUAGGAAGUGUACAGUUCUUCUCGGGACAAAAAUACAGAUAUCAAGGGGACAUGCGAAUAAAGUGUUUGUAUUAUCUGGGUUUCCGUAAAAUACUGUUUAUUCACUACAAAUUAAUAUAUUGAGCUGUUUGUCGGAACAAAGAGAAGUGUGUGUUAUAAACGGGUUUCUACAAAGCAGGCCUCCACCGAUGACUAUGACAUUUUUCGCGUCCUUUAUUACUUUUGAACUUAAUUCGAUGCUUAGCCAAGUUCGACGUCAGCGACCCGCUAGUCUAACUUAACUGAAGUAAGGUCGACUCAAGUACCAACCGAGCGAUUUCUUAGUGUUCCGAGCCAAUAACAAUUACAGCAAGGAGCCCAAAAGUGUGAUCGCUUUUGAUUUAUUUACAUUAUUUCGUGCAGAUUUAAUCCAAUCAGAAGCCAGCUAGAAACUGUUCUCGAGUUGUGAUUGGUUAAUGACUGCAUGAAAGAAUGUGAGUUGAUGAAAGGAGGUCACACGUUUGGGUUCCUUGCUGUAACAUCCAAAAUAGGCAACGUAUUCGGUCUUUCUUUCCCUUUAACUCGGUUAGGACAGCUUUUUCCAAAAUCUUGUCCGUGCUCUUUGUGCCCGUACGGAGCCUGAGCCUGAUAGUUGCCAUCAAUCUUUUUAGUGCAACUUUUUCGAGAUUGUUUUCGCGACUUUUUGAAAUUAUCUUAUUGCACUUAAAAAUUAUCUUAUUGCAAACCCCCGUCCCGCCCUAUUCCUUCCCCCGAACCUAACCUGAUAACAAGCCAACAAACCAUCAGGAGGGCAUUUUGCAUGCGCAUGCAUGCAACCGAUGAACGACAAUAGCGUGGGCGCAUCAAAUCUGAAGGCGGGAAAAUGAAAACUCGCGCAAAGUUACAGUCCUCUUAAAAGCCAGUUCGUUCGUGCUUUAAAUACUGUACUUUCCUACAAAAAAUGUUCUCCAUGACAAAAAUCGGACGUUUUCUGAGCAGGUUUUCAAUUGUAAAGUUUUCAGCCGUAGAUAGGACUCAACACCAAAAAUUACUGUUCCUGUAUACAUACCGUAAAAUUCCGAAAAUAAGCCCCUCCAUGUAUAAGCCCCCCAAAAUCGUAACGCAAAAAACCCUCCGUUAAAUCGCCCCUCCGAAUAUAAGCCCCCCCGGGGGGCUUGUACUUGGAAUUUGUCCUCGAAUACAAAGUAAAACAAAGCAAAAAUGGUAAAUUUCCUUCCCACUACAAGCUAGCUCAAUCGAUUUUGAAACGCAAAUUUCCCUCCGAAUAUAAGCCACUCCGAAAAUCAGCCCCUCAAAAAGGGCCUUUGAAAAAUAUUAGACUACGAGUAGUCCCUCAUUUUUCCUCAGGGAUAGUAGAGCGGGCGAAACGCGAGCGCGCGUGAAAAUCACCCCACGAGAGAAAAGGCGACACGCGGGAAGGGGAUACGAACUUCACACGCCAAAAUCAGUCGGCCGUGAAGGGUCAAAAGCUUGGGCUUUGUCUGUAGUCCCUCAUUUUUCUCUCUCCCCGCCGCGUGUCGCCUUUUCUCGCGUGGGGUGAUUUCACGCGCGCUCACGUUUCCCACGCUCUACUAUCCCUGAGGAAAAAUGGGGGACUACUCGUAGUCUAGAAAAAUAUAAGCCCCGGGGUUUAUUUUCGGAAUUUUACGGUAUGAUAUUUUCAAGGCAAUGAAUUUCUAUGGUUUGAUUUCUAACUCAUGGUCUUAUUCAUCAACAGAAAAGGGUGUCGUAUCAAUGUUGCACUUCUAUAAGAAGAGCGAGAAAAUGUUUUACUACACGAGGUUUAUUCAUUUAAUAGAGCGUUCUUUAAUUGAUCGAUGAAAUACGCGUUAAUAUAAAUAUGGCACAAAAACACGAAAUCUAUGCUUUAUUUACAGUCCCCGGAAAAGUAUAAAAAAUAGGCAGUCUAUGACUACAUGUGGCUUACUGUAUACCUUCACCCCAAUAAGGGACGACGUCUGACAUUUGCAGACUUCACACGGCAUUAGUUUAAGCAAAAUGGAAUUAACCCCAAGGAAACCAGAGUAGAACAAAUGGCAAGAAAACUGUGGGUAUGCAGUCUGCAAGUGUAACAUAGUUAUACAGGGGUAUAUGUCCCGCUAAUGUUUAAUAAGUACCAGUCCAACAGAGGUCAGAAAAUAACAAAGAGUUGGGCUUGACGGGACGUAAUAGUUUUUAUUUGAGAUGCUUGCUGAAGGUUUGUAUUAUGUGUAAAUCAUCCAUGAAUUUUAAGGGCCAAAUAACUAUUAUAAUUAUUUCAAGUAACACUGUUAAGAAGACAGGGCAAUAGCGCUAAAAGGAAACGAAGCUAAAAAUUACUAACACGGCUAAACAAUACAACGUGGACAGUAAAACGACAUUACAAUGUAAAAAGUAAACAAACACGCUAAGGAACAUGCUAGGUCACGAAAGAAGAACAAGCGUGACAAAUACGAAACAAGAGACGAAAACAUAACAAACGCUACAGUAAACGUAGCCUGCGUGGCAGGCGUUCGAAAGGGAAGUGGAAGGGAAUUAGGGUGCGAGACCACGCGCGAGGGAGGAGGGAGGAGGGGAACGCCUGCAAGGAAGCCAUUGUUUUCGCCAUCCCGCCUACUAAUUAAAAAAUAACAAAAAUAACGCAACUGUGAAAGACUAGCUGUCAAAUAGAAGAUAACAAGCACAGAGGCAGCAUGAUUUUUCCUUUCUUUCUUCUGGCGAGUAGAACCGACAAGCCGUUGAGAGAUGAUACUUUUCAGAACCAGUCAGUAAAACUCAUCUGCUGACAGGCGUUUUCCUUCAUACGGUUUUUUAACUCCUUUUUUCUAUUAUCUUUUUAAGCUGAAAUAGAUGCCUUCUAACAAUGAAUUCCCGUAGAGAAAUCUCAUCACGCUUCACUAACGACAUAUGUUUAGUUACUCAAAUGGCGUGAUGUUAAAAAAAAAAAGAAUAAAAUGUCAAUCUUCGACUUAAUACUUUUUUCCGAUUAAUUAAUUAAAAUUAAUUCUGACCAAUCACUAUUUUGGAGAAAAAAAUGGCGUCCUUGCAGGCGUUCUUUUCCUUUCUCCCUCGCGCGCCAAGUUCCCGCUUCCCCUUCUCCUUUUAACGCCUGCCACGCAGGCUACAGUAAACGAGGGUCAAACUGAGGUUGUGAUCUGCGAUCUAACAACGGCUUCGUUACGUUCGGACGAAUUAUAUAUCUUUUUGACUUUUUGUUGAAUUAAAAUAGUAGCUAUAGAUAGUAUCUUCUAACCAGAGUUUAAUAUGAUUUGCAUCAAUACUAAGUAAAACAGAUGAAGGUGGAAUUGUUUUUAAAGCAUUUUCUUACGCUUCUGUCUUAGAUUAUUCCCUCCCCGAAGGCAAUCUUGGCUUCCCUGAAAGAGAUUAUUCGCUUCCCGAAGGACUUGACUCUUGAAAAGGUUUUGAGAUCGCCACAGAGAUGUUCAACUGCACUAAACACUCGAUCGCGCUUCGAUGGAGUCAAACAUUCUCUGGAAAAUUGGAAACUGACUUCUCUGCUAACAAGUUCUCCAUAAAUGAGAAGAUAACUGCGCUUGAUUCUUUCACCUAAAUGGUUUAAACUUAUUACGGAUGAAGAGACUCCUGGCGACGGUGACAAAUUUGAGAGCACAUAGCAAAUCGAAAAUUUCUCGUGUGAUCACGUGCUAAUUCCGAGUAAUAGUUGAGGCCAUUCGAAGCUAUCCUCGACAAACGUUGAACAACCGACGAUGUUCCGAAACAAAAAGGGGCUAAGAUCGGGGAAUAUCGGAUCGAAAUCGGUAGAGUUCGUCAGUGGGCUCAGGUUGUUUUGUUAUACUCAAUCACUCAACGCGAUAUAAUAAGUGGCUGACAGCCUCUAAGAGGCAGAAAGCCACAAAAAUUCGAUAGGAAAAGAAGAAUGAAUUCAGUCUAAAAUGACAACAUUUUUAAGUGAUCAUGUGCUACGUAUUUUGAUUAUUUCAUAAGCUCUCUUUCAGACAAUACAAAUGGACGUCGAAAAAACGAACAACUUCUUUUUCUUACUUAAGUUUCAGUUAUUUCAUGCUAGGGGUGAGCUCGGUUUGCUGGGAGAACUGAACGGACACCCUUAUUUGUCGUAAUUUGGCCACUCAGUUAAGUGGCCGUUUAUUGAUAAUACCAAAUCAAAUUACACAAAAACCGUAAAUAAAAACCUCAUCCCAGCAAAGGUGAGGGCAAACACGCACCGAAUGAGAACUUAUCGCACCGAUGGGACUGAUCCGAAACCAUGGGCGGGGUAAUAGGGUGGGAAAAUGUUUGCCCUACACCGAAGCUGAACUGAAAGAGGCCUGAAAUCACAUGUUCGGAUGUUUAAGUAUCUACCAUUGUAAGUCCCGGAUGUACCCAUCCGGGAUACUAAACACGCCGCGCAGGCUACAUAAAAUAAUUUAUUCCCCUUGGUAAUAAAUGUCAUUUCCUGAACUUUAAAAGAUACAGAGAUUUUCCCUCACCGACUAUUUUGACCCUUGAAUAAAAGCUGUUGUGUUCAACAAUCGAUUUCUUAUUGUUGCGUUUGAGGUACGAGAACGCAACCCCUAAUUUGUGUUGGGUGUUCUGUGCAUUAUUGGGUGUCCUGUGCAAUUAAUAAGGGAGCCUUUUUUGAGAUUGCACUUUCGUCGUCGACACACAUUUGCCUCUCUUUGAAGCGCUUGCUUACGUUUUGCCUCACUUUGACGCGCUAACUUAUGUGGUGAUUCUUGUGUCUGUGGCGUUCAUCUUUCAAAGGUUUGCCGAGGUCUGAUAUUCUGUCUUCGUAAAGCGUUUAUCUUUUAAAAAGUUUGCUGAAUCUUCGUAAAGCGUACAUCGAUCUGUGUUUGCUGAAUCGUCCAAAGCGUUCGUCUUUCAGAAGUUUGCUGUUAAAUUUUACUUUGGAUUAAGCCUUCAUAUUUUUUUGAGCAUGGUUCGUCACUCCUGGUCCAUGUAUCAAACCGGGUUUAGUUCGGCCACAAAGUAAAUUUACCGAGUUGUGUAGCUCGGCAGCCGUUGUGCCACAAAGUAAAUCUACCGAGGUGUGAAGCUUGGCGGCGCCAUUUGAUCAUGACUUGUGACAUUUUCGGCACCGGACAAACGAACACUUUAACUCUAUGUUAGGAAAAAUCUCUGUAUCUUUUAGAGUUAAAGAAAAAUAAAAGUACUGUUCGUUUUUUCGGAGUAUGUGCAUUCGUUUUGUUUGCAACUGAGCUUAUGAAAUGCUCAAGUGAUCAUGUACUUGUAAUUGUUGCUUCAAACUCAAUCCAUUAUACACUUCCUAUAGGAGAAUAUUUUUUAUAAAUUUUUCCGCGAAAACUUUCAAAAAACUGUUAAAACCCCAUAGAUUUCAAGUUUUGUGGCAUAUAUAAACGCGUGUCUCCGCGAUCAGUUUAACAUGAGACAUCGCGCUAAUAAAUAAACCUCGCGUGGUAAAUUUUUUUUUGGAUUUUGUCUUAAAGCAGCUGAACAUUGCUACGAUGAAUUUCCUCCCUAAAUAAAACCACGAGUUUGGAAAUCAAACCAUAGAAAUGCAUUGCUUUGCUAGUGAAAAUCAGACUUAUACAGGACCAUGACUUUUGUCGUUGAGUCUUGUCUUUAAAGGCCAAGAAAACCUACUGCUGAAAACUCUACAAGUGAAAACGCGCGUAGAAAACGUCCGAUUUUUGUCAUGGAGAAUAUUUUUUGUAGGAAAGUACGGUAUUCAAAGCACCAACGAAAUGGCUUUUAAAAGGACUGUAACUUUACGCGCGAGUUUUCGAUUUCCCGCCACCAGAUUUGAUGCGCCUACGCUAUUGUCGUUCAGCGGAUUCACGCAUGCGCAUCCAAAAUGCUCUCCUGUUGGUCGUAACAUGGUACAUCCGGGACCCAUUGAUCCCUAUUUUCUUGCCAUUAUUUUGAUCCCUGGGCCCCAUUUUCCCCCAAAUUUUGAUCCCUGAGCCCUGAUAAGAAAAAUUCACCCCAUCCAUGUUUUACACAAAAUUUUAACUUAGACAACUUUGUUUAUCUCCAGAUAUAGAAUAUAGAACACUAAAAUGCUUAAAUGGGCUGAUGAGAAAAAAAUUAACUUUAAUUUUUAGUGCAAGUUGUAGGUUCUAUCAGAGCUUUAAAGAUAAAUAUGAGUUAACUUUGUUUUGUGCAUUAUUCUAUUUAAAACUCUUUAAACAGAAUGUUUGGCGAUACUAGACAAAUGAUAAAACCUGAUUUUCUUGAACGGGAGCUUUAGUAAGAUACAGAAUGUAAGUUUUUGUUAAUUUAUACAUUAACAGUAGUCUACUUCACUUUAAGUAUCGUACAUCUUGAAAGAUCUUGCGGCGGAAACUUGAUUUUUUCGGAUGCAACGUUCAUCAAGAGUGUUUACAAGGUUUAUUUUCAGUGUUGCUCAUACGAGCUAGGCCACCCGGAGGUUUAUAAGCCAAUCACAAGAAAGCAUUGGAUUCAAAAUUCGAAUAAAUAAAUUUUUAGUCAAACAGCAAACACAGCUAGCGCUGGUUGGUCCCCAGUUGAAUUAACGGCACUGUAAGGUACUUCUGAACUAAGGUCUUCCUCUAGCUUUCCAAUUCCUGUCCCCUACGAAUAUCUGCUUGCCCGGAUAACUUGUUCAGUUAAUCAAUGUCCUAUCUGUGUGGGUCACAGAUGUUUUAUUUCCAAAUAGACUCUUGCAACCAAACAUUUUACGUCGGCCGUGAAACUGGUCUACAAUAUUGAUAUUGAUAAAGUGUAAUCGUUUGUCUCUCCCUUGAACCUCUUUCAGGAGAUCGACUUCUCCAUGUGCUGACGCAUUCCGUCUGAACAUACUCAGAGCAAGUGCAAGUGUAUCAGUUCUUUCUUUGGUCUUCCCUCUCGUUCGUUGCUGUCGUACAGCCCGUCCGAAUUCUUUCGCAAAGCUCUGCAAUGCCUUCCUUUUGUUUCGCUCCUUUCCCUCCGCGCUCGUUUCCUCGUCCAUAUCCCCCUUAGGUUUACUCUUGCCGUGCGACUUUCGAAGCCAUUUCGGUACCUUCGGACCCAGCUUUCUCUGUGUGUAAUGGCUUUGAGGGCCGGUAUAAAAGAUAUUCGAGGAUUGGUGGUAGGUGAACCGAUCUCGGUUUCUCAUCAGAGUUAGGGGACGGACCAUUAGAAAAGUUGUGGGGGGGAGGGGGUGAGAGGGGAAUUUUCGAGCCGCAGGAAUUUCUUUUCGUUAUCAAAUUCCUUGUAUGAAUUUUUUUUAGGCCAUAGCAUGAAUAUUUUUUAGGAUUAAUUGGCGUGCAUGAAUUUUUGUCAUUUAAUUUUCCUUUGCGCGAAUAUUUUUUUGUACUUCGCCCGCACCCCCCGCCAUAAGUUUUCUAAGGGUCCGUCCCUACAUUGCGAAAAAGCAUUUUUUUUGCAACAAAGCACGCGAAUUUAUUGUACUUGUAUUCUACUUUUGACGUCCUUUCUAAUUAUUUAAGUACUUUUAAGGGUUAAGUUACUGGUCAAAAAAUACAAACCUCGGUUUAUAGUCCCCUUGUGACUUGCUUGAGGCGAUGAGGCUGUACAUUUAUUUUGAAUUCAGACAUAAUUUAAGCAGUCGCCGAAGAGAAAGGAAGUUCCAGAACUGAUCAAUAUCACUUACAAUCAGAGACUGGAAAUCUUUACCAAGUUGUCUCAUUGAAAAGCAGUCAGUGGAGGCUUUCAAAACGGCCGUCGUGAGCCAUCUUAAAAACGCUAACCCGGGAACUUUUUAUUCUUUAUUCACUUGACAUUAGCACCUUGAUUAUAUCUUAACACAAGCACCUGUGCAAUUACACAUCCGCCGUGAUGGGAAAUUCCCUUUGCAGAUAAUACGAUAAGAAUUAGAAUUAGAAUAACGGAAGGGCUACCUGCCAAAUUUCAUGCUAUUAACAGAAAGUGAACAAUUGAAGCACAUAUCUGCUCCGCUUUGUCAAAAAUAGUAUUUAAGAGGGUAAGGGGUUAGACCUUGGGGCGGUACCUCCUUGUAUAAAACUUUGUUGAGUACCCUUCCAUCCAAACUGAACGGAUUAAGUUCAUAAUAAGUUUGUCUUCUGUCGCAGUCAAGUUUGUUUGAAUGAGUUUGCAUCGACUAAAACCAAGGCCCGACGUCGAACUUUUCAUGAGACGAACUAAACUGAGUGAUUUAAGUUAAUGAUAAGUUCAACGUUUGUCUCCGUCUGGCUACUCUGAAUAUUAAAGUUUGCUGGAUCGCCAAACAAGUUCUUCUAGUCCGCUAAAGAUCGAUUUUCGGGGACAAACAUGGCAGACAUCAAGUGAACAUCCCAAUAAAGAGUUUGUAUUAUCUGGGCCCGGGGGGUACUCCCCUAUGUAUCUAUGUGCUGCCCCAAAGGGUUUUUCCGCCGUUUUGGUCUGAAGACGGGUGUAGAAUUUGCCCAUUUUGGUCUGGAAUCGGGUAUGGUUUUCGAGGGAACUACGGGAGUGUACGAACGUAUUUAUUGUUUUAGUCCCAAAUGAGUAAGAAAGAAAAAGAAAUAUGCCAAUUGGAAUAAGUUUUAAGAAAUCUUUUUUUUUUUUUUGCUGUUGUAAUCUAAGUAAUGAUGACAUCAUUUCUUAAAGGCCAGGUCUGAAAACAGGAGUGAAAAAUAACAUUUUUUGGUCUGAAAUAGGGUCAGGAUUUGGAGAACCGGACGGCACACCCCCACCAAGAAUUCCCAGAAGUGCCCCCUUGGGUAUCUGGGUUUCCGUAAAAUGCUGUUUAUUCAUUAAUUCAUUAUUGAGCUGUUUGUCGGAACAAAGAGAAUAGUCUGUUAUAAACGGGUUUCCGCAAAGCAGGCUUCCAACAACGACUUUAAAAUGUUUCGCACCCUUUAUUACUUUUCAACUUAGUUCGACGUUGGUGACCCAGUAGUCGAACUGAACUGAAGUAAGGUCGACCCAAAUAGUAAUUUGACUCGUCUCAUAAAAACUUCGACGUCUACCCUCCGCCGAAAUUGCAAACACCAGCCGUCCGAUUACUUAGUUUCCGAACCAAUAUCCAAAAUAGACAACAUAUUCGGUCUUUCUCCCCCUUUACGGUAACUCGGUUAGGGCAGCUUUUUUAAAGUCUCUAAGACAAGUUGUCUGUGCUCUCUGUUUCCGUUGGGAGCCUGAUAGUUUCCAUCCAAAUUCACAAUUUUCUUUUCAGUCUCGGCGACUUUUUUGCGAUUUGUUUCGCAACCUUUAUCUAUUAUUUUGACGCACUUAAUAAGGUCCAAAGCCUCUCCGCCCUAUCCCUUCCUUCGAACCUAACCUAAUAACAAGCCAACAAAAAUGCUUUGCAAAAUUCACUGACGAAUUAACAGAAAAAACAAAACAAACUACGAAGCAGUCCACAAAAUAAAAUAAAAAACACCCUUUACUCCUGUUUCACUGGAAGGUUGAAAUUUAAUAGUUUUCUCGUGGAGUAUUACUCGGAAUUCGGAGGAUCAAGAGUUUAAUUGAGAACGGUCGCGUUAAGCUUCGUAAGGUUCAAGUUGAACCAUAGAUCGAGCUUCUCCAACCCACUCUGAAAUUUAUCCAUCUUUUUUGUUUAUUUUUGGUUUUUAAAGCUGAAAAAUUUUCGGAUAUGCCACCUCCUGAGGCAGUGCAAUUUGGCAAGGUAUAAGUGGCCGUCGAUUAAUUAAUAGUCCCUAAACUAAAAAGAUAAAACGAGACAUCUUAAUAAUUAAAUACUACAUCAAUACUGCACUUAGCAGGUGGAUCCAGGCCAAAAACUGGUUUAAUCACCACUCUCUUUAAUUUUACCCGUAUGAAUGCACAAUAAAUAUGCCCAAGCAAUAGCUCAUUUAUUUCCCUCAGGUUCGAUUGAGUCUGACCGUAAAUCAUUAGUAUUUCAGAAAACUGAAUUAUAUUCAGUUUAGCAGUCACGUGUAAGGAGCCCGGCCCCGGACUCUUAAGGCCGGUAAUGUUGGCGUUCUCGGGGGACGUCAGUAUUAUUACUAGAAUUCGCAUACAUUAUUGCUUUUUCAUCUUGCGGUGCGUCUUUUAAAAUAGACGUUUCCUUGAACAAAAAAGUACACUUGUUUUACAGGCUUACUUGAAAUUGAAGUUUAGCUCGACACUUAUAAGUACAAUCUUUUUUAAGCAGUUUUAUUUAGUACUUACAAAAACACUUAUGAAUUAUAAAUUGCUUUGCAUGGGAGCUGUCACCGCAAAAGAGUUUUACAACUAAACAAACUAAAUUAAAAACGGAACAACCUCUCUAUAAGGCUGACACUUAAUAGUCGGCACGUACAGGUAGCACAGUGAAGAUCACAAUCAUCCAAAAAUUUUCCUUCGAUGGCAGCUUCACGGCUCAUUCGUUUGGUUUUUCUGACUGUUAAUGUUCUGAUGGCAGUGGUACUGGUGAUAUCCAACUCGGACUUCUGUGCCAGCGUUUUUGAAACUCAAACAGGUAAAUUAACUCCUGCGGCUUUAUAAAACGGUUUUCUAAAACGUUUUCUAAGAUGCAAACAAACUACCGUUUUUAUUUUUUUUUGUUUUUUUUUUUUCAAAGUUUAGUUUUCAGUAGACUCUUUUAUUACAUGUUUUAAAUGGUCAUUGUGAUAAAUCUGAGAUGACAAACUCGGGCAUUUUAAAAGCAUUAGUUUCCUCUUAUCGACUUUAUCUGAUGUUAAAAUUGCUUACAACUUUUAUCACUUUUUUAACUUCUGACGAUUCGCGCUUGUAUCAAAUCGCAAUUUUGCAAGCGAGUAUAUCUCUUUAUCGUAAAAGAUUAUAAAACUGUUCAGCUAAAAAAAUGAAUUAAUGUAUGUCCUAGCUUCAUGUUAAACUCCAUUGUAUUUUGCUUAUUCCCCUGUUUUAUAUUACUUCAUGUUUCAGACCAUGUUUUAGUUGGUCAUGUCAUGAGUACAUCAACUGUUGCUGACGAGUUUGAAUGUCACCAAAAAUGUCUCAGAAAUAACAGCUGCAAGUCGUUUAAUGUUGAUCCUGGUGCAGAUAUUGCAAAACGACUUUGUGAGCUGAACAACAAAACACGGAAGAUGAAGCCGGACGAUUUCAUUAGGAAGAAAGGAUCUUCUUAUUAUGGACAAGUUAAGGUCAGAUCCACUGUUUGAACAUAAACUAUCGCUUUUUUAUAAAACUGUUAUUUAAAAAAACUCUAAACUCUAAACAACUAAUUAGGGACCUUAAGAUCAGACGACGGCGACGGCAACGAGAACGUCAUAAAAGCAAUAGGUUUUUAAAACAAGCAAGUUAUUAAAAUAAGAAAAACAACAAGAAAAAAACAACUUUCCUCGUGCAUAACACUUUUUUGUACAUUUCUUUACGUUUUGCACGACAAUGACGUUAAAAUGCCUAAUUUCAUGUUUUAUAGAGGAUGUCAUUAAAACAUUCAAGCAACGACGAGAUUUUCUCUCUCUUUCUUACCUUGGGUAAGGUUCUUAGGAAUUCAACUCCAGGAGAGUUCGUGUACAUUCGACAAAGUAAGCGUGAUGGAACAAUCGCGAUGACGAUUGGAAAACCGCGAAAACAUUUUUAAGCGACGUUUUACCUGCUGUCGCCGUCCUCGCAUCUUAAGGUCCCUAUUAAAACAUUUGUUUACGACGUUCACACCCUGUUCGGUUUUCUCGGAAUAUUAAGAGACAAGUAUUUAAUUUCUUAGAUUUUUCGGCUCAAAUUCUAUGGAGUUUUGAGAUCAGCUUCUUACGAAUUACUUGAUAUUAUUCGAAUUUAAGUGGUUAUCUUUGCAGAACUCUAAUAUCGUAAAUAGUACUUUUGGCGACAUUUUCUUUUAAAUAAUGUUUUUGGCACCGGUUUGCCUGUGUCUUAGUAACGUAUAUGUUUUUACCCACACGGAAAAUAUCGCGUAUGGCAGGGUAUAAAAAGAAGGUAUAUCAAUAUAUUUAACAAUCAUCAUGAGUAUCAUAUAAAAAAUUAUAUAGAUCGAGGAGGGUGUUAUCCGCCUCGACCGUUAGCCACUGAGUCAGAAACGGAGAAAUAUUUUGAAUGAAUAAUAAUUAUUUAUAUUACUUCUAAAGCAAACAAAAGUGGUAAUAACUAAAGCACAUAAUGACGUCAUCUAUAGCUGUUAUCUAUUGUUUGAUGUUUCUCAUUUCAAUUCGUUAUUUUCUUCUCAGGUUUCCUACCAACAUCUGCCCACCAACAAGAAAAAACAAACUGGUCAUUGUCAUCCGGACUACAAAGGGGAAAGAUGUGAAAUUCGUGAGUAACGCUCGUCUAUUUUUGAAUUUGAUUUUACUAUUGCCUCGCGGAGGAGCAAAUAUUUACCAUAUAUAGUCAUUUUUUUUAUUAUCUGCUACAGCAAAGCCGGCUACAGCAAAGCCGCGAGGCUGGAAUUCCAAGCUGCCUGCUUAUUCCUGUAAGAGCAUCCGGGACUCUGGUGACUCUAAAGGAGACGGGAGGUACUGGAUCGACCCUGAGAACAGUGGAAACCCGUUGAACGUUUACUGCGACAUGACAACUGACGGAGGUGAGAUCUAAUCUUGAAAGUCUGAAAUUGUUGUAAUACAUUCGUCAGAUGAACCCACAUAACUUCCUCAUACAGAAUAGGGAAUAAUUUAUGCUAAGUAGGUUCCUAAUUUGGUCCUUAAUUUCUAUGAAGGGAAAAAAUAGAUUGUUGAUUACCAGAAAAAUAUAUUAACACGAGUUUGGUCCUUACGACUGAGGUUUUUAGUCACAAUUUUAUUUUUAUGACCGUAACAAAACUGAUUACCGAAUUUAUAUACAGUUUGGUACAGUAUCUUCUUGUUAUACUUUCACUUUUAAUUGCUUAUCAUAAUUUAACUGUACCACAUAUUAGAACCUUCUUGAUCUUGCUUAGCUAAACAGGUUCUUGUGUUUUGGGGUUUUAAAGGGGCAAAUGUCGGCAAGAAGGUUCUUAAUCCAUCAGGGUUUUUUUUACGCGAGUGUUUACUGUAUAUGUUUCUUUGAAAUGUCCUGGUGAAUAAUUUUCGCAACAUUAUUAUGCCUUUGAGGGUAAUCCAUCUUACUGCACUCGCAAAUGAGAUGAUUUCGUGUCGCAUCUUUAUCUCCACACAAUCUGCAGAGGGGAGACACAUCCUGUUUUUCAAUGGAUGUCUUGAUUACAUUCGUCCUCAGUGCCUGAUCUUGUGUGGCAGUUAUAAGCCCUUCGGUCUCUUUCUUCCAAUCCCCCUUCUUCAACCAAUCCCAUGACCUCUUAGCCUUGACUUGUUCUGUUUGACGCAAUAUCUGGCCAUGAAGGAAAUUGUCUUCCACUUCUUAAUCUUCUCAAAAGUUUCCUCCUUCUCAUCGUCUGUUUGUGGGGGGUUCCUCAUUUUCUUUCUUAUCUCUUCAAGUUCUACUGUUUUUUUUGCAGUGGUUCCGAGAUGUUUUGAACGCAAUAGGCCAACUUCAUCUCUUCAUCGAGAACACACUCUUCCAGGCCAUUCAAUAUACAGCCCCGGAAAGUCGUCGAAAGUAGGAUCGGGCAACAUCAGCUCGUGGAUAAAACAUAACAUAAACAGUUAACUGUUUAUGGUUAUCUUUUUUUUUUUCUAUCCAUGGCUUCUAGUUCAGCUUUACUUUAGUUUACUUCUUCAGUUCCAUGCCAGACAAGUGACAGAGCCUAUGAAUUUGUUGCAAGUACAGUAUUUUCCCACUGGCAUUGGACUGUAUUUAGUCUCCGGAAAUAUUCUUUCUUCAUAACGUUUUUCUUGUGCCCUUGAAAUAGAUCGUCAUAUUCCAGAAUUCCCAGGUUCUUAUAGCCGUCUUCUUCCGCUGAUUUCAUUUUGCGAUUAUCAGGCGAGGUAAUCCCCACAAUUUUCUUAACAUUUUCCCUCUUUAACGCCACGCCUUUUCAUACCAAACGUCAUGCCUAUAUCCGGUAAUGAACACCGCGUGUAUUGACCAGUGAGUGAAGCUCACGUUCAUCCUUCCCGUACAGCUUCAAGUCAUCUAUAAACAGUAAAUGAAUGAUUGACUCCUCUUUCUUGUCUAACUAGUAUCUUCCUUAUGGAUUUUAUUAUUAUUAUUGUUAUUAUUAUGUAAAAUUUAGCACAGUGAUUUUCCCUGGGGAGAAAUAUCCAGUCAAGUCUCAUCCCGAGACCUCAGACUUCCAGCACCUUUCUGAGGAAAUGUGCCGAUCCGAGGAGUGCCGACUUUUGCAUCGUUCUUGUUCGGUUUUUAAUUCCUAGUUGCUCCAAGUGGCCUGCCAGCUUCUUUGACACUGAACCCAAUGCACCUACAACCACUGGCACCACUUUUGUCCUUGAUUUCCAGAUCCUUUGAAUCUCUCUUGCCAGGUCUUGGUACUUUUCACACUUUUCAGUUUCUUUCUGCAGUAUAUUACUAUCUCCGGGAACAGCUAUGUCCACAAUGAUUGUUUCCUUUGCCUUCUUUUUCUGAAUUACAAUGUCUGGCCUCCUGUGAUGGAUUUCACGGUCUGUUUGGAUGGUAAAGUCCCAUAACAGUUUAACCUCCUCAUUCUCUUCUACGCUUUUGGGGGAAUGCUCAUACCAUUUGUCACUGCACUCAACUCAUUAUUGUUAUUGUUAUUGUUAUUGUUAUUGUUAUUGUUAUUGUUAUUGUUAUUGUUAUUGUUAUUGUUAUUGUUAUUGUUAUUGUUAUUGUUAUUGUUAUUGUCAUUAUUAUUAUUAUUAUCAUUAUUAUUAUUAUUAUUAUUAUUAUUAUUAUUAUUAUUAUUACUAUUGUUGUUUGUUGUUAUUAUCAUUACGUGAUAACGGGGGUUAACAGAGGUCCAGAAGCAUUGUUGCGGGAAAGGCUCUCACGAUGUCUAGCUAAAAUGGACUGAGCAAAUGAACAGAGAUGUUUUGGAUUAUAAGAGACGGGCCAUUAGAAUGGACCCACCAGAAAACCUACCGCGAAACGGGAAUGGUAGAAAGAGAGGCUCGCUGGGAACGCUGCUGUUUGGUGCAGUUGAGGAUGUGCACGAGUCAAAUUAUAAUGAGAUCGCUAGUGAUUUGAUUAAAGAAGCAGCACUAAGAACGAGAGGCGCUGUAGGUCCCUGGAAUGUAGACGCUAUGGCUUUCAAAGGAUCCUUGCUAACAAGUCAUUCAAGAAUUCUGGCUCUAAUUUGUGCGACGCUCUUGUUAAUCAAACCUAAUAGAAUUUCGAAAUAUUUUCAGAUAAAAGCAACUUCUUAAAUGUCUAUAGAGUGCGUUUUGAAGAAUAUGGGAACUGGUGUUUCCAGUUUGGAGAUUCUUCAGGACUAGAAGUCCAUGAAGAUCUUGCUGAAAUAGCGUGAUUUGAAAUAUCUUAAAACUUUGUGACAGUUAAUAUCAAUCUGCAUUAUUGACGGUUGACGGUAAAAAAUACCCUUAUGACGGUUGACGGUUAAAUUUUUUGCCGUUUGGCGGCUGACGGUUAACCCUAUUGAAACGGCCCGUGGCAUCUCAAGUCUUCACACCUGGACAACCAGGGUGAAAAUAGCAAAAACUGUCUCGAAUACGAAGGGCAAAUAAUGCACCUACCAAUGUAAUGCCGGCGAGGGGGGAGGCAGGGCAUAGGGUGGGGAUUUGACUUUUUUCAAAAAUUUUCAAUCAAAUUCCCUGCCCACGGGCAAAUCAUUCCAGUCAAAUGCAACCAAAUUUCCCCACCCCAGGCUGCACAUUCCUGUCAAUCCCAAGGCAGAACCUAAGAAAGGCACAAUAAAAAAUAUCUCCAAAUAAAACUCUGCAAUCUUUUAUAAACGUUGCUGCAUAACCAAAGAUGCAUGUUCUGUUACAGCUGCAAUUAUACGUUUUAACCAUAAUCCGUGUUACACUGCGUAGAAUACAUAAACCUUUAGGAGAAAGUCCACGUUUUGUAAGUCUAAAUAUACCGUUCUUAGUUAAGGGUACAAAGAAAGUCAGUUUUAUAAGUUUACAGUGAUUGUAGCGAAUGAGCCAUACACUAAUCAAUUUUACUUGCAAAAAUCGACUCGGUUUCUCUUUACUUCCGCUUACUUUGAUACCACAGUAUAUUAAGAGGUUCAAUUGAUCCAAAACACGCUAAAACAAACGAAACUUGAAGACAAAACAGUGAAAUCCACUCAGCCUUCGCUUGCUCUCAUGGGCCUCCAUGACUUCCUGAUCUUUUCAAACCGUAUGGCGCAUGCGUGAAGCGUGGAAGCGGGAAACAUAUGUUCGGUCUCAGUCUUUUUCGUCCGAGUUGGCAGUCAAAUAUCUCCACGUCGGGCGAAGAAAGAUUCAAAUAUCCCCUCCCCCGGGAGAACAAGAUAAGUCAAAUGCCCUACCCCAGGGACUUGGUACAUGGCCAAAUAGGCGACUUUCGCUACAAGUUUAGUCGCCAAUUCUUAUUCUUUACUCGCCAUGGCGACCAAAAUGGUCGCAGCUUGGAGCGCUGAAUUUAUUAGUGUUUUAAAAUAAUGUACAAUUUAUUGAUUUAAGUUAAGCAGUCACGUGUAAUUGUUUUUGUAAACAAAAUUUGACAGCCAGUAAUGCAGGCGUUUUCUCAGAGCUUGGGGAUCGCUCGAUUACUCUUUACUGAUUCUCAGCUCUGCUUUCAAAAUAAGAGUUUCCCUUGUCCAACAAAAACCUGCUAAUUUUGCAGACCGCCACGUAAAUUCGUCAGAGGCAGUUUCAAUGGUGUAUCCAAAGGGGACCGGAGUUACUGGAGCGACCCUGAGAAGAGUGGAAACCCGUUGAAAGUUUAUUGUGGUCGACAUGAGAGUUGUGAGAUCUGCUCUUAAAAACUGUUCUUCACAUGAACUCACAUAACUUCCCUUCAACAGAAUGUUAGUUAAAACUUGGAAAGCCUAAAACAGAUCAAGACAAUUAGAAUUAUCAAUUACUGGAUAAGGAUGAUCUGCAUAAGAGAAAACAGACAUUGUUUGCUGCCGGGUCAGCUUUUCUCUAAGUUAUACCUGUACCUUUAAAACGGUUGUUUUUCCUUAUUAAAAAACAACUUUCCAUUUCAGGAGGAUGGCUCCUCGUUUCCAACGUUGUGAUUGGUUCAACUCCACCCUCUCAGCUUCCAGUCAAGACUUCAUACCGUGGAAUAACCAGCGAUCAGAUGGUUCUCACAAAAACCGCCAUGAAUGAGCUGAGAACAAACUUGUCUUUCACCCAACUGAGAUUCCACUGCAGUAAAAACAAUGGACGUACGUUCCACGUGACCACUGUUGCUAACACCACCGGUGAAGCUGUAGUCCGGUACUUCAGCGGUCAGACGGAUGUCCAGCCCGCCUCGUGUGGCUCAUAUGUCAGAAUGGAAAAUGACAACUCAAGCCUGGCAAGAGUUUGCCAAAAUUGGGGAUCGGAAAAUGGCGUGUACACAGUUGGCAAAUGGGGUCAUGGUCAAAAUCAAGACAGGCUGUAUAUAUAUUCUGCUUUCAUAGUUAGCGAAUAUCAUUGGUACAUGAACCCACCUUAUUUUUUUUGCGAUGAUAAAAUCCCAAAUCCAACAUCUGGUGAUUUCUGGAAAGUCUAUGUUCGCUAA